GCUACUUUUCCUUGACUAGCUCCUUCUGCUGGUAACUGAUAGAUUGAGAGAGAGAGAGAGAGAGAGAGAUGAGGCGUUGCAAGAGCGUCCAUGGCUUCGCUUGGCUGGUGUUCGUCUACGCGUGCUGUGCAGCUGCUCAAGCUCAGCAAGCAGCACCAAGAACUGAUCCAACUGAAGUAGCUGCACUGAACACGAUACUGGCUAGAUGGGGGCUGCGAGCGUCGCCGGCCUGGAAUAUCAGCGGCGAGCCCUGCAGCGGCGUCGCCGUCGACGGAACCGACGUCGACAACAACCCCAACAUCAACGUGGCUAUCAAGUGUGACUGCUCCUUCAAUGCCAGCACCGUUUGCCACAUCACCAGAUUGAAGGUUUACGCACUAAACAUUGUUGGUCAAAUACCUGACGAGCUGCAAGAUCUCACUUAUCUGGACAACUUGGAUCUUCGGAAAAAUUACUUGACGGGUCCCCUGCCAUCGUUUAUUGGAAAAUUUUCUGCCAUGCAGUACUUGGCGGUGUCCCUCAAUCCACUAUCUGGGCCUCUUCCGAGGGAGAUCGGGAAUCUUAGUAAUCUCCUUUCACUGGGCAUUAGUUCAACCAAUUUUAGUGGUGAACUUCCUUCAGAACUGGGUAACUUGGAAAAACUCGAGCAAAUGUAUAUUGUUAGUUCGGGCUUCAGCGGUCCAUUUCCUUCAACGUUCUCAAAACUUAAGAAUUUGAGGAUCCUAUGGGCAUCAGACAAUGAUUUCACGGGAAAAAUACCUGAUUAUUUUGGGGGUUUCCCAAAUUUACAAGAAUUAAGGUUCCAAGGAAAUUCUUUUCAAGGUCCGAUUCCAGCAAGUCUGUCCAAUCUAACCAGAUUAACAACCUUGCGGAUCGGUGAUAUUAUAAAUGGGAGCUCCUCACUGUCUUUUAUCUCUAAUAUGACAUCUUUGAAUGUCUUAGUACUAAGGAACUGCAAGAUAUCUGAUAAUCUCGAAGCAGUGAACUUCUCUAAUCUUGCGGGGUUAACCUUACUGGACUUGAGCUUUAACAAUAUCACAGGUCGUGUUCCUCAAUCCAUCCUGAAUCUAAAUAAGCUUGGCUUCUUGUUUCUUGGGAACAACAGCCUUUCUGGAAGCUUGCCAUAUUUCAAAAGCCCUUCACUAAACAAUUUAGAUUUUUCAUAUAACGGCCUCUCUGGAAGCUUUCCUCCAUGGGUUACAGGGAACAAUUUCCAACUGAAUCUGGUGGCUAAUAAUUUCGUUCUUGAUGGAACUAACAAUAGCAUUUUACCUUCAGGGCUAAACUGUCUCCAGCGAGAUACUCCUUGUUUCCGUGGUUCUCCAGAAUAUUAUUCCUUUGCCGUGGACUGUGGCAGUAAUAGAUCUACAAGGGGAUCAGAUAAUACGUUAUAUGAAACCGAUGCUCAAAACAUUGGGCCUGCAUCUUAUUUUGUUAGCGAGCAUGCAAGAUGGGGUUUAAGCAGUGUAGGAAGAUUCAAUGAGGCUCUGGACGGAAGUUAUGAAGUAUAUAGCUCCCAGCCGUUUCAGAGUACACUUAACUCAGAAUUAUUCCAGACUGCAAGGAUGUCACCAUCAUCACUUAGAUAUUAUGGUAUUGGACUGGAAAAUGGGAAUUACACUGUCGUACUUCAGUUUGCAGAGUUCGAUUAUCCAAACUCGCUGACUUGGCAAAGUAUUGGACGAAGAGUUUUCAACAUAUAUGUCCAGGGUGAUCUGAAAGAAAAGGACUUCAAUAUAAGGAAGACAGCUGGUGGAAACUCUUUUAUAGCUGUUAAUAAGAGCUAUAUUGCCACCGUAUCCAAAAACUUCCUCGAGAUCCAUCUGUUCUGGGCUGGGAAGGGCACUUGUUGCAUUCCUACUCCAGGACACUAUGGGCCUAUGAUCUCAGCAUUAAGCGUGACCCCAAAUUUUAUUCCUACUGUGCGAAAUGGUUUUCCCAGAAAGAAAAGUAAAGCAGGGACAAUUUCUGGAGUAAUCGUUGGCACUUCAUUAUUUGUAUUAGCAGCCGUAGUUGGAGUAUUUAUGUUGUUAAAGAAGAGAAGGACAAUGGCACAACGGAGAGAAGACUUCUACAACAUGGUUGGAAGGCCUAAUAUCUUCAGCAAUGCUGAGCUUAAGUUAGCCACAGAAAAUUUCGGAUCUCAAAACAUUCUUGGAGAAGGAGGAUAUGGGCAAGUCUACAAGGGUAAGUUAACGGAUGGAAGGGUGGUAGCUGUGAAACAACUUUCUCAAUCAUCUAAUCAGGGAAAAAGGCAGUUUAUGACAGAGGUUGCAACAAUUUCUUCCGUGCAACACCGGAACCUUGUGCAAUUAUAUGGUUGUUGCAUUGACAGUAAUACACCCUCGUUAGUUUAUGAAUACCUCGAAAAUGGAAGUUUAGAUCAAGCACUCUUUGGAGAUAGUAGGUUGAACCUUGGAUGGUCAACACGUUUUGAUAUCAUUUUAGGCAUUGCAAGAGGCCUAAGUUAUCUUCAUGAGGAGUCUACUAUGCGGAUCGUGCAUCGGGACAUCAAGGCCAGUAACAUCCUACUAGGUCCUGAUCUAACCCCCAAGAUAUCGGACUUUGGGCUUGCUAAGCUCUACGACGAGAAGAAGACUCAUGUCAGCACAAAAGUUGCCGGCACAUUUGGGUACCUGGCACCUGAGUAUGCAAUGAGAGGCCAUUUGACUGAAAAGGUCGAUGUUUUUGCAUUCGGAGUGGUGGCUCUAGAGACAAUAGCUGGUCAAUCAAACACUCACCACUCCCUCGUAGAAGGCAAGGCCUCUCUCUUUGAACGGGCCUGGGCUCUCUAUGAAAGAGAGGAAGCACUCGGAAUCGUGGAUCCAAGGCUCGAAGAAAUCAAUGGCGAGGAGGUCUUCAGGGCCAUACAUAUCUCGCUUCUUUGCACCCAGGGCUCACCGCACCAAAGACCACGAAUGUCGAGAGUCGUGGCAAUGCUCACAGGAGAAAUUCCGGUGGCUGCUAUGGUGACGAAGCCGAACUACAUCACUGAGUGGCAGUUCAGGGGCCAUGGCGCCAACAGCAGCAGCUCAGGGUCUACUGCCGAUGAGUUCAGUGGGCAGAGGGGUACCAUCCCUCUCACGCCUUCCCCAGCCAUCACCGGAGCAAUUGAUCCACAUUGUCGAUGACUGCAAGGUUGCAAACUGUAGCUGGUGAUCUUUGUUUGGAGUGAGUUUAGUUUUGGACAUUACUGAUCAUGUCCACAUAAAUUUUAUGUUCAUGUGAGUCAUAGCAAGUAAAAUUGAUGUGCUGGGUGCUGCUACUGUUUUGUGUAAUGUUAAUACAGGAGCUUAGGAUUUAGGAAGAAUUCUGGUCAUAUUGAAUAUAUAACAUCACUAAAUGUUUGUCAGUGCGUUUCGCAGCAAAUUUCAGUAAACCACUAUAAUAAGCUUGUUUAUG